GGUCGUCCAUAGCUGAAAGAUAAGCUACAGCGUUUGCAACCGGGUACAUGUACGUGUCCAGGUGGAUUGUUGAUGCAUCCCUCACUGCUGGAACAUCUCCGGAAAUUCACCAGCGAUGGAUAUGCUUCGUUCAGAUUUGUGCGAGUAUAAACCGGCAAGCAACUUGCAGUUGAAUGAGACCAUUCGUGAGCAGAUCUGAGGCAGGACUAUCCACCACCUGGCUUUCGGCCAGUCCCCCUUCCCCACGAUUUUCUGUGCUACGGAAGCUUUUGCAGGGGUCAACGAUUAUCUGCCGGUCAACGGAUUACUGGAAUUACGCCUGCAAAUAUCUCAUUUCCACCUCCGAUAUGAUGGACUUACAAUCGACUCGGAGGAUAUUGUGGUCGGUGCGGGCAGUAAGCAGCUCAUCUACUUGCUUAUGACAGUAUUUGGUGGAGACGUCCUGCUUACUUCCCCGACGUGGACCACGUAUAUGCCACAGGCCAAACUGUCCGGCCGUCGAUGCUUUAUUAUAGAGACCAAGAUGGUAGAUGAAUGGCGGCUUACAUCGGAAGUACUGGAAACGGCUCUUUCUGAAAUUCCAGGCUCAGAUCCUAAACUGAUGAUAUUUUGUAAUCCUGAUAAUCCAACGGGAACAUCGUAUAGCGAUGCGCAUUUGGAAAGUUUAAGUGAAGCAUUUCGUCGGCACAAGAUUAUCGUCCUGUCUGAUGAGAUCUAUGGAAGACUGCGUUAUGAUGGUAAACACAGGUCGUUAACUCAGUUUUAUCCGGAAGGCACCAUCUUAUCCACGGGGUUAUCCAAGUGGGCAAGUGCUGGAGGGUGGCGGCUCGGUUACCACAUCUUCCCACCAGAGUUACGUUCGUUGAGAGACGCAGUCAAGAGCGCCGGAAGCCACACUUAUUCAUGCGCACCUGCGCCAAUACAGUACGCUGCCAUAGAGAUGUUCCGAGACAAUAAAGCGUGUGAUGAUUAUAUCCAACACACGUCACGUGUCCUGGCAGCCGCUGCUAAUCAUUGUCAUAGAGAGCUGGCAAUGCUUGGUGUAACAACAGUUUUACCCACGGCCGGUUAUUAUAUGUUCCCGAAUUUUGAAAUCCUGAGAGACCCUUUGCUAAGAAGGGGGAUAACUCUUUGUGAAGAAAUGUGUACAGCGUUACUUCAAGAGGCUUCCGUUGCUGUAAUGGCUGGAGGACCCGCGUAUCUACGCCCUGUACAUGAGCUUACCGUCAGACUGUGCUAUGUCGACUUCGAUGGAGCAAGCGCCUUAGAUCAGAGUCGUGCAAUCGGGCUAGACAAACAACUUCCGGCAGAUUUCGUAGAAAAUCACUGCUCGAAGUUAUACACAGGAAUUCAGGCUUUAACGAGUUGGGUAAAAAAACAGUUGGAUGGGUGAACUACAGAAGAUCACAAAUGGAAGCGACUGCCGAGAGAUAUUCUUUUCUUCAUACUUGUUGGGCAGUGGUCCAAAAAAGAAGAAACUAACUAUGUAUAUCAGUUAUCAAACGUUGCACUAUUUGAAGUAUGACCAAAGAAGCUUCCACAUUCUAUGGACCGUAACUACCAGUAACUAAAUAGUCUUCAAAUAUACAUUUCAACCAAAUACAGAUUUUUCAUUCCUCAAAAUAAAAACGCAUUCCCCCUGCAUCUUACAGUGAACAAAUGGUUUCGUGACAAUGCAGGAUGCGGGCUAUUUUCUUUACAUGGUGUAUUUGACGUAUCUUAUAGCUUACUGCUCUGCUUGGUUACCAACUCGCCUUUUCAAUCUGUACAUGUGCCAAAAGUAGUAACAGAAGCCGAUAGCACAGCUCCACUUUUAGCAUCGAGUGUGUCUUCAGAAAUUGUCAGGAGCAGUAGCCUUAAUUAAAAACCUCUGUCACCACGAGGUGGAAUACAUUAACAGCUCAUUGGUCCGUACAGCCUACAAUAUCCAAAGUGUUCUCCGCUUUUGCAUGACAUGUCCUUUUGUGAAUGCAUCGCAGACUUGCUGAUUUUCAUAUUUUGUUCAUUCCAUUAAAUAUAUUGGUUUGC